GGAAGCCGUCUCCGGCCCGCCCCGCGGUCUCCGGGGGAACGGCGGGCCGCGCCAUGGAGCCGGGCGCGCGCUUCCUCCGGUCUGGCGCGGCCCACGGGGGCCGUCAGAAAUGACGCUUCCGCCGCACGUUGGCAGGGGAAAGAGGUGUCCAAGCUACAGGGAGAAGACAAGCAGUGCCUAAGAGAUAGGAGGCCCAGUGAGAGGGACACACUAUGGCAGCUACCAGUGACCCGUCACCACGCAGCCUGCCUCCAGCUCCCUGCACCUCGGGGACAAGCUUUGCAGAAUUUUCCAUGAGAGAGCGAAUGAGAGAGAAACUGAAAGCUGCACGGUCUAAAGCAGAAAGUGCUCUUCUGCAGGAAGCUUCAGGUCUUCAUCUGCGGUCCCUGAAAAGCCUCAGAGAGAGGAAAGAACAAACUAGUUUGGAGAAUGAGGUAGAUGAAAGUGAACUGAGUGCAACAGAAGAGAAUAAACGCAAGGUGUCAGCAAGAGUAAAGUUCCAUGAUUCUGUCAGAAAAGUCCAGCAAAAAUCACAGACUAGUUAUCCUUCUUCUGAAGAAGCCUAUAAUUUCUUCACUUUCAAUUUUGGUCCUGAACCAGAAAGUGUUAUGGGUGAAAUGCAAAACAAGACUGAGGGUGUGUUGAAUAUAGAUGGCAAGGAGAGGGAAAAUCAGGAAUCUACACUCAGCCCCCGAGAAGAACAAGAAGAAAAUGAAAUGGAAGAAGAGGAGCAUCUUGUUCAUGAAAAAGAGGAUGAUGACCUAUUCCUUAUAGAACACACAGCCCCGGACUUCCUAGUGACUAGACCUGCAGAAUAUGAAAGCUACUCUGUACGCGUGCAGAGAGAGAGAGAAAUAUUGUUCAUCCCAAGUAUGCUAAGAGUGCCUGCCUCUCUGAAGGUACCAGAAAAUAUGCAGCCAAGGUACCUUGAAGAUGAAGGUCUGUAUACAGGAGUGCGUCCUGCUGUGUCACUGUCAAACCAAAAUAUUGUAGAGAACAGGAUUCUCAAGCAGGAACAGGGGAAAAGGUGGUUUGGAGAUGAUGGCCAGAUUCAGGCUUUGCCCAAUCCAGUUAAACAGUCUCUUACUAGACCUCCAAUAUUCCCAGUGGAGGACGGUAAAGAACCAGAGCUGGUGACAUUUUAUAAAAAGGCCAUAAAAAUGAGGCUCGCUAAUCAGUACAUUGUCGGAUCCGGGGACCCUCAGGGGCAGUUUCAGCUGGAUGUUGAUAUUUCUGGAUUAAUAUUCACUCACCACCCCUGCUUUAGCCGUGAACAUGUCUUAGCAGCUAAGCUGGCUCAGUUGUAUGAUCAGUAUCUGUCAAGGAGACAGAAAAAUACUUCCAAACUUCUUACAGAUAAGCUACGUGCUCUGAGGAAUGCCUUAGAGAAUAUUUCAGAUCCUGGUGAAGGUGGGAUCCUUAAUCCAGUAACAAAACAAAGCAGAACUGAAUACAAGAUUGAAAUAAGGCAAACAAGACGACUUCGUGAUGUUGAGCAAGAAAGAGAUCGGACAUUGCUUAAGGCCAUUAUCAAAGUUUGGAAAGAAAUAAAAUCCCUGCGUGAUUUCCAGAAGUUCACUAACACCCCCCUGAAGCUCUACCUGAGGAAGGAGGAUGUUGAUCAAAGGUUGGAUGAGAAGACAUAUGAAGCAGAAAUUCAGGCUGAAAUAUCUGAGUUAAUAGAAGAAAACAUUGAAGAGUAUGAAAAGAAAAUGGAAGAAUAUAAAACUGAACUUCAAGAGUGGAAAUCUUGGAAGAAGGCACAGAAAAUCAGAAAGAAGAAGAAGAAGAAAACAAGCCCAAAUGCAGAUGAUGAAGCAGAAGGAGAAGAAGCAUCCGAGUGUGUGGAAGGGGAACGUAUGAAACCUGUUCCUCCUCCGCCCGCAGUUGACAGGUUGGAGGUGGAACAGGAGGUUCGAGAGAGAGCUGCUAAGAUUAGAAGGAAACCAGGAGAAUCCAUUCUAAUUCCUGAGUUGAGCUUGACGGGGAGCGUCACUCCAAACGAGCUUUGUCCUAGGGCGGAGGUUUCAAGACGCGAAGAUGUAAAGAAGCGUUCGCUGUUCCUAAAAGUCCUUUUCAAUUCAAAAGAGGUGUCAAGAACAGUGUCCCGGCAGAUGAGCUCAGACUUUAGAGUUCAUUUUGGGCAGAUUUUCAAUUUGCAAAUAUUCAACUGGCCAGAGAGUUUGAAGCUGCAGCUCUAUGAAACCGUUGGGCUCGGCAGUACUAACUUGUUGAUGGAAGUGUUCAUACCAGUCCCUGAGACUACGGUUCUUACUGGGAGAGCUCCUGUGGAAGAAAUGGAAUUCAGCAGCGACCAGCGUGCGCAACUGGACCAUGAAGGCGUGGGAAGCGGUGUACCGUUUUCAUUUGAAGCUGAUGGCAGUAAUCAAAUGAUUUUAAUGACCUCAGGCAAGGUGUCCUGCAGUGUUUCCUGGGCUGUUGGAGAAAAUGGGAUACCCUUAAUUCCACCAGCAUCACAGAAGAACGCUGGAUUCUCAAGUGCUUUAAAGAAUAUUGAUGCCAUUGCAUCAAUCGGCACAUCGGGGUUGACUGACAUGAAGAAACUUGCCAAGUGGGUAGGAGAGGCAAAGCUGGAUCCAAAUGACCCAAGUAAUGCUGCUCUGAUGCAACUCAUAAAGGUUGCUACGAGCGGUGAUGCUUCUGUUCCCGAUUUCUUCAGGCUGGAGCAGCUGCAGCAAGAAUUUAAUUUUGUUUCUGAUGAGGAGUUUGACAGAUCUAAAAGAUUCCGGCUUCUGCAGCUCAGAAACAGCGAAGUGGCUGAGUUUCGAAGUUAUAAGUGCGUCCCAUUGCUGGAAAGAGAAAUCAGUGAAAGAAUCUUCCAGGAGUACGAGAAAAGAUUGCGCGAGAGGGAUGUUGUUGAUACUAAAGACCAUCUGGAUGCACACAGAGCAUUAGUUGCAAAGUACCUCCAAAAGGUUAGGGAAUCAGUCAUUAACCGAUUUCUGAUUGCAAGGCAUCAUUUUCUCCUUUCCGAUCUGGUCAAUGAAGAUGAAAUCCCUACUCUUGGCAUUUUGGGACUCAGCCUGUUUAAAUUGGCGGAGACAAAAAGACCCUUAAAACCAAGACGAAAGGAGAGGAAAAAAGUAGCUGUGCAAAAUCUCUCAGAUGGUGACAUAAAACUCUUGGUGAACAUCAUUAGAGCUUAUGAGAUUCCCAUUAGAAAGCCUGUUGGGAGCAAGCUUCAGCAGCCAUCUAAAUCUUCAUGGUCCUUCAAUGAGAUGUUUGCUGCUUCUGCCCCUCCACAGAGCCCAACCCACAGCAUAGACUGGGCCUUUAAUCAGGUCUUAGUCCGACCUUUUGUAGAAGUUUCUUUUCAGCGAACGGUUUGCCGAACAACCACUGCUGAAGGACCAAACCCAAACUGGAAUGAGGAGCUUGAACUUCCAUUUAGAGCCCCUAAUGGUGAUUACAGCACCUCCAGCUUGCAGUCAGUGAGGGAUGAUAUCUUCAUUAACAUUUUUGAUGAAGUAUUGUACGAUGUCCUGGAGGAUGAUCGUGAAAGAGAAUCCGGCGGAGUUCAUACGCAUGUCGAGAAGCACUGGCUUGGUUCUGUUCGGAUUCCAUUUACAACCGUAUAUUUUCAAGCAAGGAUAGAUGGUACGUUUAAGGUAGAUAUUCCUCCGGUUCUUCUUGGAUACAGUAAGGGGAAAAAUCUUGGAAUUGAAAGAGCCUAUGAUUCCAUUCGAAAUCCGAGUGAAGGAUCAUAUCUAUCACUGUUUAUUACUAUUGAACCUCAGCUCAUUCCUGGAGAAUCAGUUCGUGAAAAGAUGAAUGAAAUGCUUAAGAAGUUCGACACCCAGGAAGACGAACAACUUCUCCAAGCGGCUGAGAGAUACCAAGCUGACUGUGCGCUCAAGUUUCCAAGUCGCCAUUGCCUGACUACUGUAAUUGACAUCAAUGGGAAAACAGUCUUCAUUACUCGGUACAUCAAACCUCUGAACCCACCAGACGAACUCCUACGGGUUCAUGUCGACAAUCCCCAAGAAACGUCAGAGUUGGUGGCCCGCUAUGUUGCCUUGAUUCCUUUCCUACCUGACAGUGUAUCAUUUGCUGGAAUCUGCGACUUGUGGAGUACAUCAGAUCAAUUCCUUGAUCUUUUGGCUGGAGAUGAAGAAGAGCACGCUGUACUCUUGUGCAAUUAUUUUCUUGCUCUUGGCAAAAAGGCCUGGCUUUUAAUUGGAAGUGCUAUUCCCGAGGGACCAACCGCAUAUGUGCUCACUUGGGAACAGAAUCAGUAUGUGAUCUGGAAUCCAAGUUGUGGCCGUUUUUAUGGACAGUAUGAUGCUUUCUGCCCCUUGCAGAGUGUGGGCUGCCUCAUUUCCUGUGACAAUGUUUGGUUCAAUAUUCAACAAUAUGAUUCUCCACUAAGAAUAAACUUUGAUGUCAGCAAACCAAAAUUCUGGAAACCAUUUUUUUCAAGAAGUUUUCCAUUUCCUGGUCUCUCCAGUGUGCAGCCUGACGAACUAGUCUAUCAACGGGUGGACAAGACAGCUGCCCUAGAACUACAGAACAGACUUGAGAAGAUACUGAAAGAAAAGAUCAUGGGAUGGAGGCCAAGACACUUGACACGCUGGAACAGAUACUGCACCUCUACCCUUCGACACUUCUUACCUCUGCUGGAAAAAAAUCAAGGCAAAGAUGUAGAGGAUGACCAUCAGGCGGAAUUACAGAAGCAACUAGGAGAUUACAGGGUGUCAGGAUUUCCUAUCCACAUGGCAUAUUCAGAAGUUACACCUUUAGUGGAGGCAGUAUAUAGUACCGGAGUUCAUAGCAUUGAUGUUCCAAACAUAGAGUUUGCAUUAGCUGUGUAUGUUCAUGCAUACCCUAAAAAUAUUCUUUCAGUGUGGAUUUAUGUUGCUUCACUGGUUCGUAAUAGGUAAGAGUUACUCAGACUUACUAAUGAAUUUAAAUACAAGUAAAAGGUAUCAUCUUAUGAUUUUGUAUUAAACUCUGGAUCAUUAAAAUGUGCAGAUUAAAAUGCUGGAAGGAGUCUCUUAAUUUGAUCAGUUUUCUGCAAUGCCCCAUUAAAGUUGUAUAAAACCUUUCAGCUCCAGCCACACUGGAAAUCAUGUGCUCAAAACCCUUGAAGCCACGCUGUGCUAUGUAUUCACAAUUAGGCAGAGCAGCGUUGCAGAUUAUUUUCCUGUGAUUAAGAAUUGCCAUAGCAAAGCCAGGCGGCAGAAAACACUUGCUUACCUCUGCUAAGGAAAUGCCUCAGAUGUUUAAAUUCCUCCUGACAUACUGCCAUGUCUGUAUGGGUUACUCACUCAUCAACUUGACAUGUGAAAUGCUCUAUGAAGUCAAGGUAGCUAUCAGAGGCGUCCUUCCCAUAGGGGUUAGUGGCUCAUUGCGCCAGGGCGCCGGCCUCUCAAGGGGUCCCCAGCAUUGGCGGGGCGCAACAAGCCACUAAGUCCUAAGGCUCGUCCUCCUCCGCCACCUCCUCUCCCUCGGCCAUGGGAAUCUCCAUUUCACAUCGGGCCUGCGCCAUCUCCUCGCUGGCGAUCCUGGCUCCUGCGCCCAGUUGCUGCUGCUUGAUCUCCUCGGGACCCUGCCCUGGGACCUGCGUGGCUUCCCGGCACGGGCUUGAGCUGCGCGAACACAGGCUCCUCAAGUCCCAGGCGGGCACUCAUGCUCAGCACCCGCAUAGCCAUGCGGAAGGCGUGCCUUGGUGCGAAAGCGGCAGGACGCACAGAAUGGAGGCUUGCCUCUCUCACUCCCGCCCAACAGCAGCGCGCAUGAGGCUCCCAAGCUGCGGGAAUCCCUUGCCCGCCAAGCUGCUGUCGCCUGAGGGAGCGGCGGGAGCAGUGGUGGCGGGAGCGGCUCCUGAGGGGCCUCCUCCACAUCAUCGGUGCCCGCUGCCCCACCAACAACACUCCCGGGGCACAGGCAGCGGCGUGGCAACCGCCUCCUGCUCCUCGAGCCGCUGGGCAGCAACGGGAGCACCAGCAGCAGGCUACAGUCAGGCAGCCCCAACGGCGCCCUCCGCCCCAGGCUAAAUUUUGGGAAAGGGAGGGAGCGCCAGAGGGACCUUUGUGCCACAGCACUGGAUGUGCUUAAGACGGCCCUGGUAGCUAUUGUGUCGGUCUGACAGCUUAUUUUCACUGCCCCCAUAUGGCAGUAUCAGCACAGAAAAGGUAUUUGCCUAGUCCUGGCAGCAGUCUGAAGUAAAACAAAUUCCUGCCCCCUCCCCCAAAUCAAGGAACAUCUUAAUAUUUUCUACCCAGGGCCUCUGAUGCACAAAGUGAAUGCUGCUUUAGCUGGAACACAGCUAAAAAGUAACAGGGCAGGCAUAUGAUUUCUACAUGCAGAAAGUUUGAUAAUAAGGACUAUUUAAAGAUGCUACACCAGAGGUGGGACCAAUCUGUCUACUGGUUUAACACUUUCUGUGCCACAUAUACCUUUCCUGUUUAUAUGCUAACAAUUAAAAUAUACAAUAUACAAAAUAUACAAAAUUAAAGAGAUGGGAUGAAACGUCUGUUAUUGUCCCUAAAUUUCAUUCCAGUUGUGGCAGAAAGUUUUGUGCAAAUUCAUCUUCAGCUUAAUGUCAUACACAGUUUGAGAGCUCUCGUUUACUUGAUGUGCAGUUACUCAUAGUGCAGCAGUACAGUCUGACCAUGUCUUGUGCAGAGGUUCCAUUCCUGGGGUAAAACAUAUAGGGGAAAGCAUGUAUACUCAAACCACCCCCCUGGAACCAUUGUGCAAGCAUGCUUACCUUUCCAGAGCCGUGCACUGAGUAGGCCCAAAAAAUGCAGGGGAGAACUUUGUUUGGCCACAAACACUGGUUUUGCUCUUCUCCUGGGAUGCUCUUGUGAGAGCACUGCAGAGCCUGAUAAGCAAUGCAGAGAGCUUAAAAACUUUCUGCACCUAAAAAACUCUGCGCUAAAAGAACUUUUAAGCUGUCUUCUUCCAGGCAUUUAUGUGAUUUCAACCAACCUUCAACUGUGUUAAGUUGAAAUUCACAUGUUAAACACGUGUAAGUUGUGGCCAGACUGCAUUAAAAAGUUUAACUUUCAA